AUGUCUGAAGAACAAAAACCAGUUGAACCUAAGGUCGAAGAAGGUGCUAAGGAUGCCGUCGCUGAAGCCAAGGCGGGGGCUACUGUGGCCAAGAAGGACGCUGAACCUGUCGCUAAGAAAGUUCAGAAAUCCUUCAACAAGAAGACCUCUUAUGACCGCGGUAAGCGCAAUAGAAAAGGUCAGGGCAGUGAGAAGAGCUUUGUUGGUCUAUUAAAGUCCUCCAAUUUCAAGGAAAAGGCCAAGGAUUCCGAAAUUCUCGACAGACUUCCCGCCUUCAAUGGUACAAAUCUCAGACUAGGCGAAAUCGCACGUUACGAUGAAGAAUCCUUGAGAAAAAUGUACAUUUCAGGUAGUUUCAAGCCUCUUCAAUUCAACGAGCUUUACUCCAAACCAGUUACUUUAAUAAGAUCCUUGGAAACUGCAAAAUUGGCAAAGUUUUACUCCUCCUGUCUUUCCAAUCAGACUUCUUCGACCAAUAGGAUGCUUAUAACUGGACCUCCAGGCGUUGGUAAAUCCACCAUUCUUUCCCAAUUCCAGGCCCUGGCUUUAGGAACUACUGGAAAUGCGAUCUUGCUUCCCAUAUCUGAUGCGGAAGCUCUAGUUGAUGGUUCUUCCGAUUUCAAACUCAAUUCAGUAACCGGAUUGUAUGAUCAACAAAUGUACGCUAAGACCCUCUUGAAGAAGAUUAUAGCCGUCAAUAAACCUUAUCUAUCUGAUUUGAAGCUCUCAGAAGAUUUCGUUCCUAUUUAUAGCACCAAAAAGUUGCAAGAGUCCCAGAAAUUGGAUAAAGACACCCACUCUUUGCUAGACUUGGCAUCUAUAGGUGCUACACAUCAGACUAAUUCUACUUACGUUUUCGUCAAGCUUCUCAAAGAAUUGUCUAGCCAGAAACAGUACCCAGUGUUUAUCACAAUAGAUAAUAUCUCUGCUUUUGUCCAAAAUGCGAUGACUAACUACAGAGAUGCAGAUAAUGUUCCUAUUCACUUCCAGAAGUUUCAAUUGGCAAACACUCUAGUUGACUAUUUAAGCGGCGAUUCUACAUUCGUUAAAGGUGGUAUAGUUGCCUCCAUACGUGGCUCAGAUAAGCACGUUUCUAAUGAAACCAUAGCUGUGGGUCUCGGCUUGAAGCAACCAAAUUUGUAUAAGAAGUUUGCUGACUUUGAUAGACAAUUCGCUGACAAGUUGAUCAAGAACGGUGGUAUCAACCACUUGCCAGUCUCAAAGUUCUCCGUCGACGAGUGUCAGACCUUACUUUCUCAUAUGCUCGGAUGUAAUGUCAUUCAUAACGAGUAUCAAAUGGCUGAAGAAGUCGAGCUCCUUGGUCAAGAGGAAUACAUCACAAAGUUGGCUGAGAGAAAGUACUUGAUCUCUGGUAACGGUAAUGCUCGACUUCUUGUCGAGUCCUGUGUAUUGGCAUACGUUUAG